AUGGCAUACAAACGGCGAAACACACAACUAGCCAUUGACCUCCUCGCCUUAUCGAGGUUCAACCGGUACAACCCACUACUCGCCACCUUUUCCGGAGUGUGGGCUACCAUUCUAGCCGGAUCCCACAAGAUCACCAACUCCCCAGACUCAAUCACACCCGAAUAUGUCCUUAACCAAGCCCUACUCUGCUUCAUAUGCAGCUUUGUCUUCUGCGGCGCCGGAAUGGUCUGGAAUGACUGGAUAGACCUGCACAUUGACAGGCAGGUGGCUCGGACAAAGAACCGUCCGCUUGCAAGGGGAGCUGUCACAACAUCUGAAGCCCUGGUCUGGAUGGGAUUUCAAUUCCUAUCAAGCUGGAUUCUGGUAUCAUGGAUGCUAGAGGGAGAAAAUGUACAAGCAGCAAUGCUCCCCGUAACCCUCAGCACAAUCCUAUACCCCUUCGCCAAACGCCCCAUCUUCCGCCGUUUGCAUAUCUACCCCCAGUACCUCCUCGGCUUCACCCUCGCCUACCCCUCUCUCAUCGGUGUCCUCGCAAUAAAGGGUUCCUCGCAGCCCCUCUCAACAUCCGUAGCUCAAAGCCUGCCUAUGUUUGUCACCGUCUUCACCUGGACCCUCUACCUAAAUACCGCAUACAGCUACCAAGACGUCGUCGACGACCGGAAGAUGAACGUCAACUCGGCCUAUGUCCUGGCUGGGUCUUACAUCCACCACCUGCUUGUGGUGCUUGCGGUGCUUGUUCUUGGGGCUGUGGCGUGGCAGUUGUAUGGGCAGGGGUCGUGGUGGCUUUGGGGGGGUUGGAUGGGGGUUUGGACGUGGUCGUUCUUGGGGCAGUUGGUGAGGUUUGAUAGGAAUAGGCCGGAGAGUGGGGGGCCCUUGCAUAAGGAGAAUUUUGCGUUGGGGGUUUGGACGGUUUUUGUAUGUGUGGUUGAGUUGCUUGGUGGUGGCUGUUAG